CAUGCCCCACAUUCUCAAACUUACCCCAACUUCGACUGUUCCUGCAUGAAACUCUUCUCCAAAUCGCCUUACACUGUCGAUGCUGCGACGGAAAUCUUCUCUAUCUAAGAUCUAUCCUUGCACAAGCACUAAUCAACCCGAAGAUCGAGCUCUCGACGCCCUUCCCUACCCUCUGAACUACCACAUAUCCCGCUCCAAUUAACCCAUAUCCCGGGAAUCGGGCCACCAGCAUGUUGAAACCUAAUUCCGUAUCUGGUCCUUUUGCCCCCGGCAAACACAUUAUCCCACCACCUCGUUCUGUUUCUCCAGCCACGGCGGAAUACCGGCUCAAUCACCUUAUGCUGAGGAUAAAGGACCCGGAAAAGAGUCUGAGGUUUUAUAACGAUUGUUUUGGAUUGCAUACUGUGUUUGUAUUUAAUGCGGGGCCGUGGACAAUUUAUUACUUGGGACCGAGGGAGGUUGGAAUGGCAAAUCUCGGUACAAGCAAAGGGCUUCUGGAGCUCUACCACAUACCUGCCGACUCGAACACGCCAUACAACAACGGGAACGAUUACUUGAAAGGUGGGAUUGGAUUCGGCCAUAUCGGAUUCACAGUACCUGAUGUCGCAGAGACGCUGAAUAGAGUUGAGGAUUUUGGGUACAAGAUUAUUAAGCCGCUCGAUGAGGCCAAGGUGGGACAGAUGGGUUUGCCAGAGGAAAUUAAGGAGGAAGAAGUGGUGCAGGGGUAUCAACAUGUGUUUCGGCAGCUGGCGUUUGUGCAGGAUCCCGAUGGUUAUUGGGUUGAGGUUGUGCCUCAGGUCGUGAAGGCACCAGCAAGCGAUACAUAG